UUUGUAGGUGCUAAAUCUGUGGACAUCGACUUGAAGCAGCAGAAGGCAACUGUGACUGGAUAUAACGUUGAGGCAAAGAAAGUGUUGAAGGCUGCUCAGUCGACAAAGAAGAAGUGUGAGUUGUGGCCUUAUGUUCCGUACAAUUUGUGUUCUGCUGGCCAUUUGGUUUCAUCAUUUCUCAAGAAGGCAUAUGACAAGAAGGCACCUCCUAAUAUGGUCAGGAAAGUUGCCGACACUUCAAACAUCACUGAGACUGCCAUGGACGACCGCUACACAGUCAUGUUCAGCGAUGACAACCCUAAUGCCUGCUCUAUCAUGUAGCUAGAUUAUUAAUAUAUAAAAUCAAUAUAUCUAAAAUAAUCAUAUUAUAAAUAGUGGAUCAAUUAACGAAAUAGUGUGGUAUGUGGGGUUGAUAUACGUGGGUUUUGUUCAAGGAGUUUAAUUAUUCAAGCUGUUGAUUUAUCUCUUUGGCUAAAGCUGUCAUAUUUGCGUGGAGCCUUUUGUGAUUCAAGAGUAAUAUUACUCUUUUUUUUUUCAUCUCUAGCAAUAUUGUAGGGAUAUCGAAAAGUGAUUAUAAUUUAAGA